GCUCAGGGCCCUCGCAGUUGCCCUCUCUUUGGUCCCCCCGGCUCUGGGCUUCCCUUCCCCACCACAGCCAGUUCCCAUCGUAGCCGCCAGAGGGCGCCAGUUAGCGCCUAAAUCAGAUCGUGGCUCCUCAGCUCAGAACCCUUGCAGGGUUCUAUUCUUUUUAAAAAGUAAAAGUCAAGCGCUCACCGCAGCCCACAAGCCUGAUCAGCAUUACCCCUCCCCCUCACCUACCUGCCCUCACCUCCUCCCCGCUCUCUCCCUCUAUACCUCACUCUUCCUGGACUUACUAGGCAUGCUCCUACCUCAAGGUCUUUGCAUCUGCAGCGCCUCCAUCUGGUCUUCUUUUCCCCAGCUAUCCACAUGGCUCUUUCCCUCACCUUCAGGUCUGAAAUCAGAUGUCACCUCCUCAGGGUGGCCCUCCCUGACCUAUUUCAACGGCCUUCUUUUCCCAAGAGACUAUUACUUACCCCGUUUUAUCAGCUCCACGGUGUAUACCACUCUGAAAAUAUGUAAUUAUUGUCUUCUCCAGCCCUAAACGGUAGGCGUCCCGCAGCAGGAGGCACCCAACUUGCUCUCCACUUGGGCGCCUGGUACACAGUAGGUGCUCAGUAAAUGUUCGAUGACCUCUGUUAAGAACCUCCGACCGCGACUCUCGCUUCCCAGGCUCACCCACGUGGCAGCUGCCUCGUGAACUUUCCUCCAGCGCCCUUGCACUUGCUGUGUGCCAGGGCUGACUCAAUCUGGGCCGAAUGUGAUUCCUUCCUCACCCACCCCAUUUCCACGUUUUACUUUUUUCACGGUGCUUAAGACUAUCUAAAAUUAUUUAGUUGCUUUAAUGUGCGCUCCCCAGCGCCGGGAACGGUUCCUGCACACAGAGAGUGAAUGAAUGAAAUAAAGCGCUCAGCAGAGUAAGAGCUAAUAAAUACUUAUCGCAAGGUAGAACUCCCAACUGGGCGGCACCAACCCUGCCUCCCUUUCCCUCGGAGGUGCCGAGGUCGCGGAGCAACGCGCGCUACCCUGCCCCUGACCUUUCUCCUCUGGGUCAGUUAAACCGGCCCUCUUUCCCGCCCGCCCGGCGGCGUUUGAAAAACCGAAAACCCCGCCAUUGCCGGCGGUCCACCGGUCGCCACAGUUCGUCCAAUCAGAAACGGGCCCGCCCACGCCGGUGCGCGUAGCCUCCCUGGAGACGCGUUGCCAUUGGCUGCGGUGGCCUGGUGGGCGGGGCACUACAGGGUCGUGAGCCGUGCAAUGCGGCUGGGCUACAACGUAGCUAGUUCAUAAGAAAACAAAUCCUCGGCGUUUGGGGGCGGGGCCCCGAGCGCGCUGGCUCCGCCCCCUGGCGGCCAGCUCGGCUGCGGCGGCGGCGUCGGCUCAGAACAGACCCCGCCCGUCGAGGAGGAGGGAGGGUGAGUUGGGGGGAGACCCGGCCCCCAAGGGGCGGGCGCCGGGCCCGGCCCUGCGGGCCUCGGAGGGUUGGGCCCGGCUCCCAGCCCCUUGCUUCCCACCCCACCGGCUGACAGGGGGAGGAGCCGGCCGGGAGGGCGGGGGUCGCGCAGGAGCCCCGGACGGGCGAGUCGGAUCGGGAGCCUCGCGCAGGCCCGGGACGCUGCGGGAGGGCGGUUCGGGCCAGCGCCGGUGCGCUCCCCCGCACUGACCGCGUCGGGGUGGGGCGGGGGGCUUCGCAGGCCGCGAGUAUCGACAUGCUGCUGGAGGAGGCCGGCGCCGGCGACCGGCUGAGCGGGGCGGCGGCCCGGGGAGACGUGCAGGAGGUGCGCCGCCUUCUGCACCGAGAGCUGGUGCACCCCGACGUCCUGAACCGCUUUGGCAAGACGGCGCUGCAGGUCAUGAUGUUUGGCAGCCCCACCAUCGCCCUGGAGCUCCUGAAGCAAGGUGCCAGCCCCAACAUCCAGGACGCCUCCGGCACCACUCCAGCCCAUGAUGCAGCCCGCACUGGAUUCCUUGACACCCUGAAAGUGUUGGUGGAGCACGGAGCUGAUGUCAAUGCACCCGACGGCACCGGGGCGCUCCCCAUCCAUCUGGCAGUGAAAGAGGGCCACACGGCUGUGGUCAGCUUCCUGGCUGCCGAGUCUGAUCUCCAUCACAGGGACGCCAGGGGGCUCACACCUCUGGAGCUGGCACGGGGGAGAGGGGCUCAGGAUCUCAUGGACAUACUGCAGCAGCACACGGUGGCACCACUGUGAUUUGGGGCCACCCACUCCGGCAACAGGAUCCGGCUGGGUUCUGUGUCAGAAGAGGAGAGAAGAAACACUUUCUCCCUUUGUUCCUCCUGCCCACUGCCGAGGGGCACCAGUUUGUGGCUUGUUGGUGUUGAUUUCUGGGGUGUGUGUGUUUGAGGUGCAUUUCUCAUUUUUUUUUUUCUCACCCCUUUUGGUGUGUUGGGCAGAGAAGGGCUUCUGCAGGCAACAGCCACCUAAACGGUUCAGUUUCCUCCACGCCCCAGGCUGCUGGGGCUACAGGCGAGUCCCAAGGGCAGAGCGUUUAAAGCCCCAGCCCUAGAGUGAGGUCAUCGCUUCCAAGGCUCCUGGAACCUGUCGACCUUGGCCGGCUGUACCCAGAGAGAGACCUCAAGUGUGCACACUGCUUUCCGGCAUGGGGGAGGGGGGAGUGUUCCAAAUCAAUGAAAGGGUAGUAUGAGUUCAUUCAUAUUUUGUUGAAAGCUUGGUUUUCAGUCCCUUGUACAGCGUUAAAGAAAAAAAAGUCUAUUUAUUAAGCUUUAUGGAAAAAAUUGUGUGUGUAAUUUAAUGUUUUUACCCAUUAAAUUAAGACUUGUGCAUGAUCA